AUGAAAACCAACCUGGCUCGUAGGGAGAUUUAUAGUCCAGUCGAUCCACGAAGCGUGCGACCAGUAACGCCUCCUCUAGCCGAAUGGGGAAGCACAAAGGAUAGGGCUAUUGAUUUAUCAACUCCUGAACCUAAACGCCUCGUCCAAGCAGACAUCAAGAAAGAGGAGGACUCUGACGAGGAUAGUCCGGCUACGUUGAUAACGCUGCCGCCUACGACCCCAGCUCUGUCUCGAUCGGGUCCUGCUCCUAGGCCAGAGAACCAGCCAGCUCGAGAUGCUAUAGACAGAUACAUCGCACGUCGGAACGCAGGACUGAUACGCUAUCCUGUCGCUGAACCAACACCUCGACCAGAAGCCGCAUUCGCCCAAUUCAAGACCAUCCAAGAUACCGCAAAAGCUCAAGUUCUGGAUCCACUCAACAAUUUGGCUUCUCCAACAGCAGCGUCGAGUGUUAGUCAAGAGCCCUCCUUGGCCAGGGUACUUCGCGACGAUGCUCGUGCUCUGGGCACUCAUACCUCUCGAGGCAUCCGAAACCCUACCAGAGACGCUUUGUGGCAAAAGAUGGCGGCUCAUGCAAGCGCGUAUGCACCGAACGCGAGGCCGUUCAACACACUGUUCGAUGCACCGCGCGCUCCAGCUGGAAGAGAGGUCGUUACAGUCAAUAAGGAUGACGUGGCUGCUAGUACGCACGCUGAAGUCGAUGUCUCAGAGCUGGCUCCGGUGUGGUCACCUAUCUAA